AUGAUACUGCUUGAGAUACUGACGAAGCAGAGUAGAAUAAUACGAAGGAAGACGAAGCAGAUUGAGGAGAUGAAGCAGAGUUUGAAGGAAAGAGAGAAUAAGGGUGAGAAGGAAGUGAAGAGAAGAGAGAAUAAGGGUGAGAAGGAAGUAAAGAGAAGAGGAAGGCCAAGGAAGAUAGACUUAACUAAGGCAGAUUCAAUAAAGACAGACUUAACUAAGGCAGAUUCAAUAAAGACAGACUUAACUAAGGCAGAUUCAAUAAAGACAGACUUAACUAAGGCAGACUCAAUUAGGACAAAUUCAACUAAGGCAGAUUUAAUCAAUAAUGGUAACAAACCUGAGAAAAGAAAAAGAGGUAGACCAAGGAAAAACAGUCAACUACCUGAUAGUAAUCAACUACCUGGUACCAAUACGAUCAAACAACCUGUUGAAGUAUCAGACAGAAUUGAACAGACGCCAAAGAGUGAACUGAAACCAAUAGCAAAAAUACGUAUCAAGCCUACUACAAGAUUCAUAGAUGAAACAGACGAGUAA